AUGGCGAGCUCGUCGGCGCCAGCGCCACCGUCCCACAAGCUCAUCCCUGGCUGCGGCUUUCUGGUGGAUGGCUUCCAGACCCGCUACGCUGCCCACCCCUCGGUGAAGGCCUACUUCCUGACCCACGCCCACUCAGAUCACUACAACGGGCUUCGCGACGACUGGAGCCGUGGCGUCAUCUACUGCAGCCACGUCACCGCCCGCCUGAUUGCUCACAUGCUGGGCGUCGGGCGCCGGUGGCUGCACCCGCUGCCGCUCGACUCGCCAACCAUGAUCCAAGGGGUUGAAGUGACGCUCGUCAGCGCCAACCACUGCCCCGGCGCCGUUCAGUUCCUGUUCCGCUUGCCCGACGGCCGCCGCUUCAUCCACACCGGCGACAUGCGGUUCAGCCCCGCGCUGCUGGCCAACCCCCACCUGCAACAGUUCAGGCGCGUGGGCUGUGAUGCCCUCUUUCUCGACACAACAUACUGCAACCCGCGCUACUGCUUCCCUCCCCAGGAGGAGAGCAUCGAGUAUGUUGCCAGCACUAUCCAGCGCCUGCUGCAGGAGGACGCAGAGCAGCAGCAGCAGGAGUCGCAGGGCGAGGGACGGGAGCCAGGUGCCAGGCAGCGCCGCCCCUUCCGCAGGCUCUACCUCAUCAGCACCUACGGCAUAGGCAAGGAGAGGAUCCUGACGGCAGUGCACGACCGGUGCGGCGUGAGGCUGCACGUGGCCGACCGCAAGCACGCCGUCAUGCAGCAGCUGGACCUGCCAGGCUACGACCCCUCCCAGCUCUUCACAACGGACCGUGGCAGCACGCCGGUGCACGUGGUGCAGUGGGGCUUCCUGGGAGAGACCUGGCCGUACUUCAGGCCCAACUUUGUGAGCCAGGAAGCGCUGCGGCAGGAGCUGGGGGCGGAGGAGGUGGUGGGGUUUGUGCCCACGGGCUGGCUGUACGAGAUGCGUAAGGAGACGUUUGCGGUGAAGCGCAAGGGCGCCUGCAGCGUGCACCUGGUGCCCUACUCUGAGCACAACAGCUUCGACGAGCUGCGGGAGUAUGUGCGCUUCCUGCGGCCCCUCCAGGUGGUGCCCACGGUGGGCGUGGAGGGCGAGGAUGGCGACAAGGCGCGGGACAGGAUGCUGAAGCACUUCAGGCUGCUGGUGGAUGAGACGGCCAGCAAAGCCAAGUUUCUCCAGGCUUUUCACCGCUCCAGCGCCAAUGGUGCCACCGCCGCUGGCACUGUUGACACAGCUGUUCCUGAGCAGGCGCCGCAGCACGACUGCCCCGAUGGGGAGCAGGAGGUGUGGGAGGAGGAGGAGCAGGCAGCGCAGCAGGAGGAGGUGAUUGAUUUGGUGGAGGAGGAGGAUGAAGAGAUAGAAACUGAUGGCAGCGGCGGCGGCAUUGGCAGCGGCACUGGAGCAGUACAGGCAGGCGAAAGCCCACAGGCUUUAGCAGGGCUGGCAGCUGCAGGAGACGACCCUGCAGCAGCAGCAGCAGCAGUGCCAGCGAUCGCCUCACCAGCAGCAGCGCCAGUCGCGUCCCCGCCUGCCGAGGAGGGCGGGGAGGGGCCCUCGGACCCGCUGCUGCACCAGCUGCUGUCGGUGCUGGGUGAGGAGGUCAGCAAGCAGCAGGGCCGCCAGCUGCUGGUGGCAGCUGGGGGGGACCUGCAGGGGGCAGUGAAUGGCUACUAUGAUGGCCUGGCAACAGCUGCCGCUGCGGGGAGCGGCAGGGGCAAAGACGCAGCCACGGUGGCUUCGCCGGCACCCAGCACCGCUGCCGAUAGCAGCCGCGGAGGAGGAGGAGGAGCAGGAGGAGGCAUCAAGCGACCUGCACCCACGCCCGCCACAAAGCCCAAGGGCAAGAAGCAGAAGGGGAGGGCAGCGGUGGCGGCCAGCCCAGGGCAGCGCAACAUCACUUCUUUCUUCACCAAGCAGCAGGGCCCACCUCAGGGGCAGCGGCAGCAGCAGGAGCCGCAGGAGCAGCAGCAGGACAGUGGGGGAGCAGCAGCAGUAGCCGCAGCAGAUGCUGCGGCUGGUGGCGACUUGUUGGCAGACGAUGAGGACUUGGCCCUGACUCUCAACGUUCCGCUGGCAGCGUCACCCUCAGCAGCAGCAGCAGCAGCAGCAGCAGCAGGACAAGCAGCAGCAGGCGUCUCAGAGGUAGAGCCAGACGCAUUGGCAGCACCAAGCGGCAAGCCCAAGCUGGUCCUGCCGCCGCCGCCCUCCCCCGGGUCUGCUGCAGCAGCGUCUGCCAAAGGCGCCGCUGGAGGAAGCUUCUUCCUGUCUGGGCGCGGCGCCGGAGGCCAGACCGGCAGCGGCGGCGGCGGCUCCAGGGAGGCAGCUGUGCCCCGGGAUGCGUUGGCCCUGCCGCUGGAAAGAUAUGAUCCUGUGGCGCACGCUUGCUGGGAGCCAGGCGAGCCAUUGCUGCGAGAGCCCACCCCGUACCUCCACCUUGCCCGCGCCUUUGAAGCCAUGCACUCCACCACCAAGCGGCUGCGCAUCUCAGGCAGGCCCGCGGCCGACGUGCUGGUCAACUGCUUCCGCUCGGUGCUGGCGCUGCGCCCGGCGGAGGAGCUGGUGCAGACGGCGUACCUGGCCACCGGCAGGAUUGCGCCAGACUAUGAGGAUGGCACGGAGCUGAGGGUGGGAGGAUCCAUCAUGACGGCCGCCAUCGUAGAGGCCACGGGCGUGUCCAAGGCCCGCCUGCACGACAUGUACAAGGACAUGGGGGAUGCGGGAGACGUGUUCCAGGCUCUGCGCCACAACCAGGCCGUGCUGCAGCGCCCCGCCCCCCUCACCGUGCCCGGCGUGUUUGCCGCGCUGCAGCAGAUUGCGCAGGAGAAGGGGGAGGGCUCCCAGAAGCGGCGGCAGCGCCUCGUGCUGUCGCUGCUGCGCGCCUGCCGCGAGCAGGAGCCGCGGUUUGUGGCGCGCACGCUGGUGCAGAACCUGCGGGUGGGGGCCAACUGGAGGUCGGUGGUCCCUGCCCUGGCCAAGGCGGUAGUGCUGCACAAGGAGGGUGGCAGGGUGGCCAAGGCCCGCCUCGACCAGGCGGCCGCGGCGGCCACCACCGCCUUCCACGUCUGCCCCGACCUGCGGCUGCUGUGCGAUGCCAUGCUGGCACACCCCACAGAGGAGUGGGAGCAGCGGUGCUUGCUCACGCCAGGCGAGGGCCCGCCGCUCAGCCGCCACCGCAUGCCGGUCAAGCCCAUGCUGGCCAAGAUUUGCGAGGGACUGGAGGAUGCUGUGCAGCAGAUGAAGGAUGCGCCCUUCCUGGCCGAGUUCAAGUACGACGGCAUGCGGGCGCAGAUACACGUCAUUGAGGGCGGCCAGGUCCGCAUCUUCAGCCGCAGCUGCGAGGACCAGACGCCCCGGUGGCCAGACGCCGUGCAGCAAAUCCUGGAGGCCAUGCAAGGCAGGCUGAGGGCGUUCCAGGAGCUGGCCAGCCGCAAGAAGGCUGCAGAGCUGGCGGAGGUGUCAGUACACGUCUGCAUCUUUGCCUUUGACCUGCUGCACCGCGACGGCGCCAGCCUGAUGCACCUGCCGCUGGAGCAGCGGCGCGAGCAGCUGCUGCUGGCGCUGCCCAACAUGCGUCCCGGGCGUUGCGCCCUAGCACAGUCUGUGCGGUUCCCUGAGGCGGGCGCUGCGACAUCACCGUUGGCUGCGGGGAGCAGCGUGCAGCUGCCUGGGCCAGGAGACCAGCACGAGGAAGCGGGGGGCUCAGCUGAUGAUACCAGGGGAGGAACCUUGAUGGAGAUCGAGGGCCGGAUCGGGGCGCAUGGGCAGGAGGCAGCGCCGCUGGAGGAGCGCCUGCAGGAGAUGCUGCUCCAGGCUUUCGCCGCUGGCGCAGAAGGGCUCAUGCUAAAAAAACUGGCUGCUGCAUACGAGCCCAGCAAGCGCUCCGACCACUGGAUCAAAGUGAAAAAGGACUACGUAGUCGGCCUGCAUGACACUUUGGACCUGGUGGUGAUUGGCGCCUGGCACGGCAACGGCAGGAAGGCGGGCUGGUUCUCCCCCUACCUGCUGGCCUGCUACGACCCCGACACCGAGCAGCUGCAGAGCGUGUGCCGCUGCAUGAGCGGCUUCACCGAUGCCUUCUACAGGGAGAGCAAGGAGAGGCUGUCCCAGACCAUCAUCCCGGGUCACAAGCCGUACUACAACACAGGCGAGCAGCCGGACAUGUGGUUUGAGCCCCGAGAAGUCUGGGAGAUACGCGGGGCCGACCUAUCCCUGUCACCGGUGCACAAGGCGGCAGAGGGCCUUGUGCACGCCGAGCGUGGCCUGGGGCUGCGUUUCCCGCGCUUCCUGGGGCGGGUGCGGCAGGACAAGAGCCCCGAGGAUGCCACCUCGUCCCAGCAGAUUGCAGAGAUGUACCGCGCGCAGACACGCAAGGUCGAGACCGCAGGGCAGCGCCUGGCGGCUGACAAGCAGCUGCAGCUGCCGCAGGAGCAAGCGGCGGGGCCAGAGUCGUAUGCAGGUUCUGGCGGGGAAGAGGAGGAGGACGGAGCAGACAUAGAUGCAGAGGAGUAUCACCACAGCUCCUAG